GCCGAUUCCCGGCGGCGGGCAGCCAUGAGCUGUUUGGAUGUUAUGUACCAAGUCUACGGUCCUCCCCAGCCCUACUUCGCGGCAGCCUACAGCCCCUACCCCCAGAAACUCGCCUUUUACUCCAAAAUGCAAGAAGCCCCGGAGAGCGGCGGCAGCAGCAGCAGCAGCGCCGGCAGCUCCUUCUCCAGCCACCCCGCGGCCAGCAUCAAGGAGGAGGACUGCAGCCCCGAGAAGGAGCGACCCCCGGAGGCCGAGUACAUCAACUCCCGCUGCGUCCUCUUCACCUACUUCCAGGGGGACAUCAGCGCCGUGGUGGACGAGCACUUCAGCCGGGCUCUCAGCCAGCCCAGCAGCUUCUCCCUGGAUGGCUCCUUCCCCAUGAGCCAGCGCAGCUUCCCGCCGUCCUUCUGGAACAGCACGUACCAGCCUUCCUCGGUCCCCGCCACCCUCAGCAGCCCCCUGGCAGCUGCCGGCCACAGCGAGCUGCCCUUCGCCGCCGCCGCCGACCCCUACGCGCCCGCCUCCCUGCACGGCCACCUGCACCAGGGCGGCCCCGAGCCCUGGCACCAUGCCCACCACCACCACCACCACCACCACCACCACCCCUACAUCGGGACGCAGAGCAACCCCUACCCCCGCCCCGCCGCCAUGCACGAGGUCUACGGCCCCCACUUUGACCCCCGCUACAGCUCGCUCCUGGUACCCACUGCCUCCGUCCGCCCCCACCGCCUCACCCCGGCCUCCGUCCCCACACCCGUCAGCCCCCCCUGCGAACUGGGCAAGAGCGAGGCAGGCGCCGCUGCCGCCGCUGCCGCCUGGACCACGCCGGGACCCUUCCCCAACGCGGCAGGGGACAUGGCACAGAGCCUCGGCCUCAACGUGGACGCAGCUCGCCGUUACUCCUUCUGUGGCGGAUCCCUUCUGAGCUGAUGUGCUGACUCAAAGACUCUCAGGCCCCCCCUUGCCCUUUUCCAAGCCCACCAUGGCCCUGCAGCUCGGGAAUGACAACGGGACUUAAGGACCCGGCAUUGCAAGGAUGGAACUUUAGACUUAUUUUGGAGAGGAAAAUCCUUCCAUUGCAAGAGGAGAGCCAAAGACAUUGAACCUCUAUUUAAGCAGACCCCACACCCAGAACUGCAGCCAGACUACUCUUAAAAGAGUCAAAUGAUGUCAUGGAUGGUGAUGCAAAACCACUGGCCUUUGUACAGGGGGCAGAGGAAAUCGUGGAGGUGUUGUUUUUUUUUAGUGGUGUGAAUAUUUUUUUAUGGCAGUGAAGAUUAUUUCUCGAACGCAAACAUGGGAAAGCUACUUGCAGUUUUGAACUGGAUUUUUACUUUACAUUGUAGAAAAGUAAAAGGAGAAGAAACUGGAACUCACGAACAUUAUCAGACUAUCAAGGAACUGCUCUGAUUUUUCAGCUUUGUGGUUGUGAGUGGCAAGUGUCUGGCCAGGGCCACCUGCCCUGGGCUCACAGAGAUGCAGCUGUUCCACGCACAACUGCUCAAACCCCAGAACAACGAAAACCAAGGUGGCACUUCUCAGAGUCUCGCACAACAUUUGCAUUGGAUAUAGAACGGUAGUUUGGUUGUGUUUUUUGUGUCUUUGGUGUUGUUUUUUUUUACAAAAAACAUUUUCUGGUGAAAGUAAAACCCUCUUAAACCAGGGGGGGAAAGGAAACCCGUGAAGAACGGUUCGCCCUCAGCCCGACAGCCUUUAAAGGGAACACCAGAAGGAAAGGCGUGUGGUGGACAAUAGGUCUGAGUUGCCUCUAACAUUUAUUUUUGUCUACUUGUUGCUGUCAUUUUGUCACUUUAAUAGUAAUUUUUGUUUUGUUUGUUUUGGUUUUUUGAAAGGGGGAUUAAUAUCUAUUUAACAGUAGGAAAGCUGCAUUAAAGGCAUCUCCUUCUUUCACCCUGUGUGCUUUUAUGAAGAAUUAAAGCUAAAUAGGAGAAAUGAGGCAGACUGGAAACAUC